AUGGCUUCCAACAAGACGGCCGUCUGGCACGCCCUCGGCUUCACAACUACCUCCGAGGAGCGCACCGGACCCGGGCCCCCCUAUACGACGCCGGCCCUCCAGGCCAACCUCUUCUUCCGCGUCUUCCUCGGGAUCGUCUCCCUCUUCUUUACCUAUGUCCCUGCUCGCCUCCUCUGGAGGAACGGAGAGUUUGCCGGCACCGUUCUCUGUGUCAUGAUGCUCAUCUUCAACAGCACGACCAUCGUCAACGCCCUGAUAUGGCGCGACAACAACGUCGAGGAGUGGUGGGCCGGCUACGGAUGGUGCGACAUUCAGGUGUAUAUUCACUUUGCCCUGCAUACGGCCUUCAACAUUAGCCUGUUCGAAAUCAUGCGUGGCUUGGCUACCAAGGUCUCCCUCCGACGCGCCGACAAGCCGGCCCGCAGCGAGAUCCGGCGCCAGCGCAUCGUCUCGGCCGCCGUCAUCUUCACUUUCCCCGUCAUUCAGGUCAUCCUCACCUUCUUCACCACCAUCAGUCGGUAUAAUGUCUCGACUCUGGUUGGAUGCAGCGCCGUCUACUACCCCGGCUGGAUCUACCUGGUCUUCUACAUCCUCCCCGUUCCCGUCUUCGCCGCCCUGGCCGCCUACAUGGCAGGUCUGGCCUUUUUCCGCUAUCAAAAGAUAGACAAGGUCACCAAAGACGUGGCCCGUUCCCAGGGCGGCGUUGCAGCGGCCAGGCGAGAGCGCGUCCGGAUGAAGCUCUACUUCUUUACUCUCUGCUGCAUCGUCCUCGUGCUGCCGCUCAUCAUGGUCAUGCUAUUCGUUUACAUCGUCGAGGGCGGCCCCUGGAACCGGCGCUACGACUUUGAUGCCCUCCACUUCGGUCCUGACCCCUACAACAUCUACUUCAUCUCCUUCACCACGUCCGACAUGCUGACGUUUUCCGAACUGAACACUUCCCUUAUUGGCGUAUGUGCCGGCAUCCUCGUCGCCAUCCCCUUCGGCACCACCCCUGAGGCCAUCAACAUGUACCGCGGGAUGCUCCUCGCCGUCGGGCUCGGCUACAUCUUUCCCAAGUUGAGAAAGGAGUACAUUCCCGGCACCAAGCGCGGCUCUAGCUUCAGCUGGGGAUCACUCGGUCGUGCCCUGCGCGGCAAGCCUUUGCUCGGAUCCAACACGCCCUCCACCCACAAGGACAGCCUGCUCCUCACCGCCGAGCAAGUCUCGCUCGCAAACCACACCGACAGGGGCCACUUUUCCUCCAUGAACCAGCCUCAGCCGCGGGACUUCACCAUGGCCAGCGACAACCUCCAGUACCCGGAGAAGAGCCUGGCCAUCGCCUCAACUCACCACAACCCCUGGCCCGACCUGUUUGCCACCGAGAUCGACACGGCCACAGCCGACAUUGAAGCUGGCCGUCAUCCGCCUGCCCGCAACCCCUACCCCAUACCCCCCAUUUUGGUCGCCAAACCACCGCCCAAGUUCCCAUCCUUCUCCGUCCCUUCCCUGCACAGCCACAAGAAGACGCAUCCCCAACCAACCGCAGUCACUACCACCUCCAUCCCGUCACUGGCAAACUCUUCCUCCCUCCAAUCCCAAGCCCCGGGAACCAAAACCGGGUCCGACCCGGGUAGCACAACCAAUAUGCAGCAGCAGUAUCGAAAAGACAGCACAGCCAACUUCUCCCCAACUUCAACAACAACGUCAUUAACAACAGCAGCAGCACCGUCCAUAACAACAACGGCAGCAGCAACGAUUCCGUGGCCCCCCCCGCCGCCCCAAGGCGUGAGAGUCGAGACACGCAUCACUCAGCGGUCUAUUGAUUUGGACAUGAUGGAGGAGGAUGGAAAGGACGAUUGGGAAGCGGGGGUUGGUGGUGGGGAGUAG